UCUGCAACAUGUAAGCAUAUAUACUUAUAUACUCCUUAGUUUUUUUUUUUUUAUAUUAUAUUUCUCUUUCUCUAAGUAUUGCGAUCAUCUAAUUACUUAAAAUCUCUCUCAUUUGAAUUCUUCUUCUGUUUUAGAUUCUAGGUCAAAACACUUGAUCCAAUAUCUUUGCGAUCUGUGCCUAAAUUAAGUUCUCUUUGAUAGAAAGUUUUCAACUUUUAAUUUUUUUUUUUAUUCGACGAAAAAACCUCCGGCGAUGGUUUUGUCGGCGAAACAAACCCUCCCUACGAAGAUCGGACUUUUCCGACGAAACCCUUCUUCCUCACUACGAAGAUCUCCUGUUUCUCUCUCGUUUCCAUCGACGGAGCUUCCAAAACGUACCGUUUUAGCCGUCUCAAAGCCGCUUCAUCUCUCUUCUCUGAGAGCUAAGUCUCCGGUAGUGAGAUGUGAAGCUUAUGAAGCUGACCGAUCAGAGCCUCAGCCGAUCGAUGAUGCUGCGGCGGCGGAAACGAAAUCAGAGGCGGCUAAGAAAUUGAAGAUCGGGAUUUACUUUGCUACUUGGUGGGCUUUGAACGUUGUGUUCAAUAUCUACAACAAGAAGGUCUUGAACGCUUAUCCUUACCCAUGGCUUACGUCGACGCUUUCUCUUGCCGCUGGUUCGUUGAUGAUGCUAAUCUCUUGGGCUGUUGGGAUCGUUGAGACUCCAAAGACUGAUUUUGAUUUCUGGAAAACUCUUUUUCCGGUUGCUGUGGCACAUACAAUUGGUCAUGUGGCUGCAACGGUGAGUAUGUCAAAGGUUGCGGUUUCGUUCACUCACAUCAUCAAGAGUGGUGAACCAGCGUUUAGCGUGCUUGUCUCGAGGUUCCUUUUGGGUGAAACCUUCCCUACUUCGGUUUACUUGUCCCUCAUUCCAAUCAUCGGUGGUUGCGCUCUGUCUGCCCUUACCGAGCUUAACUUCAACAUGAUUGGUUUUAUGGGAGCUAUGAUUUCGAACUUGGCUUUCGUCUUCCGUAACAUCUUCUCGAAGAAGGGAAUGAAGGGAAAGUCUGUGAGCGGAAUGAACUACUACGCCUGUCUCUCAAUGUUGUCCCUAUUGAUCCUCACUCCCUUUGCGAUUGCGGUUGAAGGACCUCAGAUGUGGGUCGAUGGCUGGCAAACGGCGCUCGCUACUGUCGGACCACAGUUUGUCUGGUGGGUGGCUGCGCAGAGUGUGUUCUAUCACCUCUACAACCAAGUGUCUUACAUGUCUUUAGACCAAAUCUCUCCCUUGACAUUUAGUGUUGGUAACACCAUGAAACGUAUAUCUGUCAUUGUCUCAUCCAUCAUUAUCUUCCGCACUCCAGUCCAGCCCGUUAACGCCCUUGGAGCCGCCAUUGCUAUCCUUGGAACCUUCUUGUAUUCCCAGGCAAAGCUCUGAUUCGGAAGACAGAAGGGUGUCCGGGUCUGGUGUUGAGCUCGUGAUUUCGGUUAAAACCGGGAAAAGAGCUUAAUGUAGAUAUUUGUCCUCAAUAAUGAAAGAAAUGAUGAGAAUGGACACUCACACUACAGUGUUUAGAGUGUGUUAGGCAGUUUUUAAUUUGAGUUUUUUUUUUUUUUAAUUUGGGGGAAGUGAGAAGAUUGCCUCUUUGUAACUAAAGUGGGAAAUAGAUAUUUGUCCCCUUUGAGAAUAAGACACCCUGAAACUCUCUUUUCAACUAGGAGAGAAAUAUUACUAAAAAGUGAGAAUAUUAUCUCGAGAUUAUUCUGCUUUGCUGU